AUGGUGGUCAGGUGCGUGCACGCCGAUGCGGGUGGCUUCCGGCUCUGGCCGGUCUUCUCGGCCGCCGCCAUGCGGAGGAAGCUUCUUGAGGUGCUCACGUGCGGCGGCGGCGGCGGUUCUUGCCGCGGCCGGACGUCCUUCCGGUCGCCCCAGCCGCGCGCGCCGUCGCAGUCGCAGCCGAGGCCCCGGUCGGACCGGCUGGCGGAGCUGCUCCGGGCGGAGCCGUCCGAGUGCGGUGACGACGAGGGCGAGGCUGACGCGGCCGCCAGGAAGUCGGCGGCGCUGGAAGAGCUCAAGGUCGUCGUCGCUGCCCUUCAGGACGGAGAGGGAGAUGUUAACGGUGGCGUCUCGUGGCGCGUCGAGGCGGCCACGGUCGUGCGGAGGAAGGCCAAGGACGACGCCAUGGCCAGGGAGAUGCUCGCGAUGCUCGGCGCCAUCCCGCCGCUCGUCGCCAUGCUCGACCAGGGCGGAGGCGGCGACGAGCUCCUGGCCGCCGCGCUGUACGCGCUCCUCAACAUGGGGAUCGGCAAUGACACGAACAAGGCCGCGAUCGUCCAGGCCGGCGCCGUGCACAAGAUGCUCCGCAUUGCCGAGGCCGCGUCCGGCGCUCUGACGGGGGCGCUCGUCGCCAACUUCCUCUGCCUCAGCGCGCUGGACGCGAACAAGCCCAUCAUCGGCGCCUCCGGGGCGGCGCCCUUCCUCGUGCGCGCGUUCGAGGCCGCGGCCACCGAGCAGGUCCGGCACGACGCCCUGCGCGCGCUCCUCAACCUCUCCAUCGCGGCGGCGAACGCGCCGCACCUGCUGUCCGCGGGGCUGGCGCCGUCGCUGAUCGCCGCCAUCGGGGACAUGUCGGCGUCGGACCGCGCCCUCGCCGCGCUCUGCAACGUCGUGGCCGCCUGCCCCGAGGGCCGGCGCGCGGUGAGCCGCGCCCCGGACGCGGUGCCGGUGCUCGUGGACGUGCUCAACUGGUCCGACGACGCCGGGUGCCAGGAGAAGGCGGCGUACGUGCUGAUGGUGCUGGCGCACCGGAGCUACGGCGACCGCGCGGCCAUGGCGGAGGCCGGCGCCACGUCGGCGCUGCUGGAGCUGACGCUGGUGGGCACGGCGCUGGCGCAGAAGCGCGCGUCGAGGAUCCUGGAGAUCCUGCGCGCCGACAAGGGCAAGCAGCAGGUGGCCGACGCGUCCGGCGUCGCGGCCACGGUGUCGGCGCCGCAGGAGCGCGGCGUCGGCGGCGGCGGGCGGUGCCAGGAGGAGGAGAAGGAGGAGGCGGAGGGGGAGGCCUGCUGCAUGAGCCACGAGAAGCGCGCCGUGCGGCAGCUGGUGCAGCAGAGCCUGCAGAGCAACAUGCGGCGGAUCGUGCGGCGCGCGCGGCUCCCGCAGGACCUGGCGCCGCCGGACGGCAGCCUCAAGGCGCUCUCCUCCUCCUCCACCUCCAAAAGCCUGCCGUUCUAA